UCCGGUUUUCGCAUCUAUUUUCUCGCUCUUUCUCUCUUUUUCUCUCGGACUCGGUCGACGAACACACCCACCCCCUUUCUUUCUCUCUAUCUCUCUCUGGAUUCGAAUCCCUUCUCCGGGAGCAAAAGGAGGAAAGGAAAAUUCGGAGACUUGAUUGUUGUUUCCUUCGAAGUGGGUUGUCGAGGAAUCUAGAUUUCAUUCUCUUGGUCGUUCUCUCGGCGAGGGUUCGAUUUCGAUGCCUGGAGAUACGUCGAUCGCGUUCUUCUUGGGUGGGUUGUGGAAUUAGGAUUCAUCUUUAGGAUCUUGAUCUCUUCGUCUAAUUCUGUCCCACUUCUAGGAUUUUCCCAACCUUCCUGUUAGGUUUAGGAUUAGGUCUCGAUUUCCCGGGAAAACCCUUGUUCUGGUCGAGGAAGAAUAAAAGUAGACGCCAAAAAAAAUGAUUGAUUGAUUCUUUUUCCCCUCCCCUCCUGGUUUGCUGAUAUAUCUCUUUUAGCGGUUUGGUUUUGUAAUUGUAGUCAGUAUCUAGGGUUCCUAGCUCUCUCAGCCGGGGAAACUCUGAAAUUUUCGGUGCUUGGUUUUUUUUGUUUUGCCAUCUGAAAUAAGGAGUUUCCUUCUCAGGAUAGGUCUUCACACGAUCUUCUUCCUUCCUUCCUUCAUUCUUUUUUUUUUCUUUUCCUGUUUUCUUUCGUCUUUAGAUAAUCCAUUGAAAAUAACCACAAAAAGGAAUAGAAUUUGGGGUUUGUUCUUCACGAAGGGUUUUUUGGGUUGGGGGUAUUGAUUCUGUACAGAGGACUCGAGGUUUUGAGUGUAUAUAUAGGAAUGGCCUUGAAUUUUUCACAUAGACCCUUAUUCUCUGCCCAUACGUCUGAGGAAAAUCUGGUUUCGCCGAUGAGGAUCGCUAAUGGGUUUCUGGUUGAGAGCACAGCGGAGAGGAAUGGUGAUAUGUUUUCCAGACCUUGGUGCUCAAAUCAUGACAAAGGAGAUUGCUUUGAUUAUGGAAGGGGUUGGGGAGAUAGGUGUGGCUCGCAGGAUUCAGCUUCUGUUGACAUACUUGAUCUUCUGCCAUCUGAUCCAUUCGGAAUGGAUAUCAGCACUACUUUUACGGCAAUUACUGGCUGGCUCGAGGACUUGGAGGUGGAUUAUACACAGUAUAGGAGGGCUGAGACUGGGGUAGAUGAUGGAAAUUACCAGCUAUUUGCUGGGCUCAAUUUCGUAUGGAAAAACGCGUUGAAGUUUCAGGAGUUAUCUCAGAGUGGGAUCAGCGUGUUUGAUAAUGAAUCGGAAUCUAUCGGUGGGGCUUCCAAUGUUGGGUUUGGCGAUGAAGCUUGCCAUGGUGCCUUUGUAUCUGCUAGCAGUGCAGAUGAAGUAUUGAGUCUUGAGAAAGCGGCCGGUCAAGUUGUCGGUAUAAAUGGUCCCUGCAAGGACAAGGAGGGUUGCUCUAGUGGAGAAGAUGGAGCUGUUCAUCCGGCCUUUAGUUAUUCCCUUUGUCAUCUGGGAAUAAGGGAUCUUCUUUCGGUUUCCAUGGCUUGCAAAUCCCUUCAGUCUACUGUCCAAGAUGACCCUCUACUGUGGAAGCAUAUCCACAUUUCUCAGCCAUCGAAUGAGAAGAUCACAGAUGACAUUCUACUGCAAUUAACUGACAGAGCUCAGGGUACCCUGCAUUGUUUGAGCCUCAUAGAGUGCUCAAAGAUUACAGAUGAGGGUCUUAAACGGGUGCUUGAAUCCAAUCCUAAGUUAGUCAAGCUCAGUGUGCCUGGGUGCACAAGGAUCACUAUUGAGGGGUUGUUGAAUAUGUUGAGGGAUUUGAAGACUGCAGGAAGGCUUGGAGUGAAACACAUAAGGAUAGGUGGACUUUAUGGGGUGACCAAGGAGCACUUUGAGGAGUUUGUUCAUUUGUUGGGCGUAGACUACCGCGCUAAACAGAAUUUUCAGAAUCCACGUUUUUACCACAGAGGGGAACUACAUGUGACAUGUGACGAGGAUCGUGCAAUAGACAUUGAGAUGUGCCCGAAAUGUCAAAAUUUCAGGCUUGUGUAUGAUUGCCCGGCAGAAGGUUGUAAAGGGAAUGGGCAUGACUCCCAAUCAUGCCGUGCAUGUACCCUUUGCAUACAGAGGUGCGUGCAGUGUGGCCGGUGCAUUAAUGACAGUGAGUACGAAGAAACUUUUUGUCUGGAGUAUCUGUGUUCUGACUGUCUGAACCAAGUUUUCAAGUGCCCGGAUGGGCACAUGGGGGAUGUAACUCCAUCUGAGCCUUCUUCUCACUGUGAAUCGAGUGGCUCAGAUCUUCAUGGCUAGGCUGGAAAUUGCAAGGAGCUAGUGGUUUGAUUUGCUGCUUGGUGUUUUCGUCAGAAGAAGUUGGGAGGAUGUUUUGAGUGAUGGGUUUUCAUGUGUUUGUUUAUGGGUCUGUUGUGCGGUGCAGCCAGUGUUGGGGUGUUGGAAUUUGUCAGUGGCUAAUUUGGUAAUCUUUAUACAAUGAAGCCAGAGAGAGAGGCUGUGGAAUAUUUGCGGAGGAAGGAGGAGGUGGAAAGCUGGCUUUUUAUUAUAUAGAACUGUGCAAGUAAAGAGUCUCGUGGUUAAUGGCUUCUGAUCUUGAAACCAUGACGUAAGUUUGUACUGUAAGUGGGUGGAGCUGCUUCAGUAACAGGACACAAACCCUUGUCGGAUCGCUUGUGACAUUGGUCACAGGGUUUAGGACAAGUGCUGCAUCAGGGUUCGGUUCUGUUUGUCCAUAGGAGGAAGAGUAACUGACUGGUGGUAUCUGAGAGUUUUCAUGGUGAAAAGUCUCUCUAUGCUUCUUUUUUGUUUUGCCUGCAUCUCCCUCCGAGACUGGUAAAUAAUUGCUUCGCCCUUCAAAGAGAGGUAAUUGAAGGAUCUUCUUUGAUGAUUUCGUUGCACUGUAAGAUGUAUAUUUUUUUUUCUAUGUUAUGAGGUAUCGGAUCGGACAACAAUAAUCUUACAGAUUCUGGAAUAAAGUUGGUAUCUUUGGCUUUGCU